CUCCUCCUCCUCCUCCUCUAUCGACCACCUUCGCCGAGCACCGAUCCAAAAGCCGGAACUGCUGCCUCGAGAAUACAGGAGGAAAGAGCCAUGGAGCAUCAUUCACGCCCUCUGAACCUUUGCCAUGUCAACCCGAAAUCGAUCAUCAUCAACCGGGCGCACAUGCUCGUCCACGGGACGGCUUUGCUCAUCCUCAUACGCUACAGAGCUUCCUUCUUCUUCACCGAGGGAGCUAGCACGCCAGACCAACCCACCACUUUGGCUUGGCUCCUCAUUUUCCUGGGCGAGCUGACGCUGUCCCUCACGUGGCUGCUGCACCGGGCCUUCCGAUGGCGGCCCGUGUCCCGGGACGCCUUUCCCGAGCGCUUGCCCGGGGAUGGGGAGCUCCCGGCUAUAGACGUGCUGGUGUGCACGGCGGACCCGGACAAGGAGCCCACCGUGGAGGUGAUGAACACGGUGAUAACGGCGAUGUCGCUGGACUAUCCGCCGGAGAAGCUCCACGUGUAUCUAUCGGACGACGGCGGGUCGCCGCUCACGCUGUGCGGGAUGAGGGAGGCGUACGACUUCGCGAGAACGUGGCUGCCGUUUUGCAAGAGGUAUGGACUGAAGACGAGGUGUCCCAAGGCUUAUUUCAUGGAUGAAGCGGAUGUGAGCACUGGCGAGGGGUAUGACUACGAGAAGCAGGAGGUCAAGGAGAAGUACGAAUUGUUCGAGGCGCAUAUAAAUGGAUACAGGAUUAGGCACCAAAGUGAAUCAAGGAAUGCGAGGCUGGAUCAUCCGUCUACCAUUGAGGUGAUCCAUGGAAGUUCCUCAGACGAAGUUGUGCGAGCUGACCAACAACAGAUGCCUCUGCUCGUUUACGUCUCCAGGGAAAAGAGGCCUUCUCACUCUCAUAACUUCAAAGCCGGAGCUCUCAAUGUUCUGCUUCGCGUGUCGGGGGUGGUAAGCAACUCGCCGUACGUGUUGGUGCUGGACUGCGACAUGUACUGCAACGACCCAUCCUCGGCAAGGCGGGCAAUGUGCUUCCACUUGGACGCGAAGAUGUCUCCCUCGCUUUCGUUCGUUCAAUUUCCUCAGCUGUUCCAUAAUAUCAGCGAGAACGACAUCUACGACAGUAAAAUCAGAUUGCCAUUUGGGACAUUAUGGUUUGGAAUGGACGGGUUGCAAGGACCUUUAUUAUCUGGUUCUGGCUUUUAUGUCAAGAGAGAGUCCUUUUAUGGCAAAUCCAUGCAAGAAGGUAUUACCACUAAUCUCGCGGAUUUAAAAGCAAUCUUUGGCCAUUCGAAUGAGUUUAUCAAACAUCUUCAGCGGGGCGACAAGCUUAACAAGAACAUCCUCAGCGACCCAAGAGCGGCCUCCACAGAAACCGAACUUUUAGCCUCUUGUCACUAUGAAAAUGGAACAAAAUGGGGUCAAGAGGUUGGUUUCAUGUACGGAUCUGUGGCCGAAGACUUCUUCACCAGCUUCGCCUUGCACUGCAAGGGAUGGAGAUCGGUGUACUGCUUCCCACCGCGGCCGCAAUUCCUAGGGGCUUCCACGACGAACUUGAACGACCUAAUGGUUCAAGUCACGAGAUGGAGUUCCGGGUUGGCUCAGGUCGGGUUCUCCAGAUUUUCUCCUCUGAUCUAUGCGCCAUGGAGGAUGAGCAUUCUACAGACCAUGUGUUAUGCUGAGUUGGCUUUUUUGCCACUCUAUUGCUUGCCUCUCUGCUGCUUUGCCACCAUUCCGCAGAUAUGCCUAUUCAAUGGCAUCCCCAUCUUUCCAGAGGUCUCGAGCUCGUUAUUCCUCGUGUAUUGCUUCGUUUUCCUAUCUUCUCUUUCCAAGCAUCUCCACGAGGUCGUCGAGAGCGGACACUCGGUUCGGACGUUCAUAAACGAGCAACGGAUCUGGAUGAUCCACUCGGUGACCACUUACUUGUACGGGAGCGUGAACGCGGUCCUGACGAACACAGGCGUGAGGGGGGCGAGCUUCUUGCCUACUAAUAAGAUCGCCAACGACGAGCAAUCGGAGAGGUACGAGAAGGGCGUGUUCGAUUUCCAGACGUCGGUCGUGUUCUUGGCCCCGAUGGUGGGUCUAGUCAUUUUGAGCAUGGCUUCCUUCGUCGGAGGAAUCGCCAGGGUGCUCGUUUCGGGAGGUUGGGACAAAUUAUUCGCGCAGAUUGCUCUGUCGUUCUUCAUCUUGGUGAUGGGAUACCCGGUGAUUGAAGGGAUGGCAAGGACGGAUACGGGACGCAUUCCAUUGUCAGCCGCUAUGUGGUCAGCUCUACUUUCCUCCGCAUUGCUGUUGGUGGGUUCCGCUCUUCUUGUGCACUGAAUGAUGUGUGGAUG